UCCCAACAAAUAUUAGCUGUUGGAGAAGGGAGUGGUUUGUUCCGACAACACGACGCACUAGUAAAAGUAGAAUUCAGUUUAGCUCCCAGCUCCGAGGCGUCUACCUGCGACCGCUCCCACCUCCUCCACCUCCUGCUCCUUCUACGUGACUUUUAUUACACUUUACCACCUUUAAAAGACACGUCUCCUAGUCACCUUUAGGACCAAAGUCUGUUUUUGGAGCUUUUCAACCAGGAGGUUGUCAGGUGUUUGGCUCCGCUCCUCGAGGGAGGCCGACGAUCAUGCUGGACCCGAGGGUUAACGAGAGCAGAGGGGCUUUGCUGGACUACGGCCAAGCCUGCCAAGGUUUCCUGAUGGCCGAGACGAAGCCGGGCCAAGGGUGUUUCCCCGUCUCCUCCGCGCACAAGAAGAACACGGUGAAGGAGCUGCUGAUGAUGAGGCGCCGCGCCGUCCAGGUGGAGCAGAACGGCUCUCAGAAUGACGACAACAACAACCACGUGGUGCACAAGUUCAAGUCUGCCAAAUACCAGGGGUACCCCAGCGACUUGAGCCCUCAUCACGUCAGCCCUCAUCAUGUCGGCCCUCCGUAUUCUCCUGAGGAAGCCCACGGGCAAAUGGUGCCCGUCCCACUGCCGUACGCAGAUCCGCAGUGGCCCGAGGCCACCCUGGUCCCCCCGGCCCCCCUUGUCCCCCAGAGCCCCCCGGCACCUGAGGUCAAGGUGACUUUAUUCCACUGGCAGAUCAAGCAGGAGACGCAGAAGGUGGAGGGGCUGUGUGACGAGAGGCUGAACGCACAGGACUCAGACGGAGACACGUUCCUCCACAUCGCCGUGGCUCAGGGCAAGCGCGCCCUGGCCUACGUGUUGGCUGCGAGGAUGGCCGGAUGUGGCACUCUGGAUCUGAAAGAACACAACGGACAGACUCCUCUGCAGAUCGCCGCCGCCACCAACCAGCACCUGAUUCUCCAGGACCUGCUGUCGCACGGGGCUCAGAUCAACACCAGAGACUUCUGGGGGCGCUCCCCUCUGCACGUGUGCGCCCAGAAAGGUCACCUGUCCAGCCUGCAGAGCAUGUGGAAGAGCCUGAAUGUGAACGCCAUGGACAUAGAGAUGUUCAGCUAUGAUGGUCUGACGCCGCUGCAUUUGGCCGUACUGGCUCACAACGCUGUGGUCAAAGAGAUGAGGUGUCUGGAAAACCCCUGCUCCUACAUGACCAUGGAGCUGGCUCAGAAGAAGAAGCGGUUUGAGGAGUGCGUCCAGACUCUGCUGCAGAUGGGCGCCUCGUACGCCACAAAGGAUCUGAAGAGUGGAAGGACUUGCCUGCACAUGGCGGCCGAGGAGGCCAACAUUGAGGUGCUCGGUGUGUUGUUGGAUCAGUCCAGUUCUUUGGCUGUGGUUAAUGUGAAGACCUUCAGUGGAAACACAGCGCUUCACAUCGUUAGCUCAUUACAAUGUCACACCAACCAACUGGAGGCCGUGAAGCUACUCAUGAGGAAAGGGGCGGACCCUGGAAUCCGAAACAUUGAGAACGAGCUGCCUUCACAGCUGGCGCCCGAUGGACCAGUUGGUGAGAAGGUAACGAGUCCGAACACCCCGACAUCGACUUUAUCAUCGCGGUACUUUCGCUAACCGUUUUUUUUUUGUUGUGGUCCUCAGAUUCGACAGAUCCUGAGGGGGAAACAUGUUCACGCUCUGAAGUGAAGCUCUAGAACACUGUCAGUUAGACGGUCAACUCUAUGGAUAUUUGCCGACACAGGCAGAUGGUUGUGGUUUCAGUGAAACAUCUCAAUUGUUUGUUACUAUGUAACUUUACUUUUUAAACAUCCUUUACUAC